AUGUUUUCUGACAGGAGUAACUCAGGUGGAAAGGCCAGUGGUUUAAUUCGAGAAAGAGCAGAAGGAAGGAAAGACAGAUAUCAUGUGUAUGAACGAGACUGGGGCAGUGAAAGGACCAAACAAAAAAAUUACAAGAAGGAACGAGAAUUUUACAGCAGGAGUCUUUUGGAUAGAGAGGAAGAAAGAACCCAACUGCCUCAAGAUUCUUCUCAGCUAGAUAGAAUUUGGUAUGACUCAUAUGAGGAUGGGGGCUCUGCUUCUCUAAAUGACCACUUUGCCUUUGAUUCUGGGUUGCUAUUAUAUGGAAAUGGAGGUGUUUCUGAACUCACAAAAUACUCAAAAGAGGACUUACAAAAAACAGGAAAGGUUCAAAAGCGAAGGAGAAUCAGCCAAAAAAGGAUUCAAGGUAACAUAGAUAAUGAAAGGUGGGAACUGAGCAGACUUGGAGGAUCAGGAAUUGGCUUAGGUAUAGACAUUAUGGAAAGAAAAGAUAACUUAUUUUUAAAUGAUUUAGAGUUUGAUGAGAAGAACAAUAAGAAGAUUCACAUAAUUGUGGAUAGAACUUACCCAGCAUUUCUGAAAACUUGGGAAAUGAAUACUAUUAGGUCUCAGUUAGAAUUCUCCAGAUGGGAUCAAGAGACUGAAAAUGAUGAAAUUAGUAUUAUAAAGGAUAAAACUAGUGAUAUAGCAAAACUGGCAAGAACUGGGAGCUCUAUUUUAAAAACUUUAAGAUCGAAAGAAAACAAAACUAAAAUGAGGCAGAGAUUCUGGGAGUUACAGGACUCCAAAAUUGGAGCAUUAAUUUCUUCAGAUAAACCCCACUCUCCUGAGAAUUCAAUACGUCUCCAGGAAGAAGCUGGAGAAGGUGAGAGUGGAAGUUUCAAACAAAGUUUUGGUAGUUUAUUUAAAAGAAACAAAGAUGAAUCUGGAAAUCAUAGAAACAGUAAUGAAUCCGGUACUGAUUCAGAUCUAUUUGGAGAUCUUGAAAACAAUCCUAGACAACAAAUCUUAAAGACUAGACAAAACUUACCGGUAUAUAAAGUCAGGGAUUCACUAUUAAAGCUUAUUGGGGAACACAUGGUAGUAGUAGUAGUUGGAGAAACAGGUAGUGGAAAGACCACCCAAUUGACACAAUACCUUCAUGAAUAUGGUUAUAGCAGACGUGGGAUCAUUGGAUGUACCCAACCAAGAAGAGUAGCUGCAGUCAGUGUAGCACAAAGAGUUGCAGAUGAGAUGAACGUAGAUUUAGGAGAAGAAGUUGGAUAUACUAUUAGAUUUGAAGAUUUUACAAGCAAAUCCACAGUUAUUAAGUAUAUGACAGAUGGUGUUUUAAUGAGAGAGAGUCUAAAUGAUCCAGAACUUGAGCGUUAUAGUGUUAUUAUAAUGGAUGAAGCUCACGAACGAAGUCUAAGUACAGACGUACUUUUUGGUAUAUUCAGAAGUGUUUUAUUGAAUAGAAGAGAUUUUAGACUAAUAGUAACUUCGGCCACAAUGGAUUCUGAAAAGCUCUCCUUAUUUUUUGGUAAUGCUCCAAUAUUCAACAUUCCUGGAAGAACUUUUCCAGUAGAAAUUGAGUAUUUAAGAUACUUUCCAGAUGACUAUAUAGAUGCUGCAGUAAGACAGUGUUUAAAGAUUCACUGUACCAAUCCAUUGGGUCUUUUAUCAAAUAAAGAUGACACAAAUAACCAGAAAAGUGAUGGAGAUAUUUUAAUAUUUAUGACAGGCCAGGAAGAUAUUGAAGCUACAUGCGUACUUAUAUCAGAGAAACUAGAUAGUCUAAUGAUAGAUGGGGCUGAUCCACUUUUAAUUUUACCAAUAUACUCGCAGUUACCAUCAGAUCUACAAGCAAAGAUAUUCAAACCAAGUCCUUAUAGAAAAGUAAUAGUAGCAACUAACAUUGCAGAGACUUCUCUUACUUUGGAUGGUAUUAGAUAUGUAAUAGAUUGUGGAUUAUGCAAAGUCAAAGUUUACAAUCCAAAAAUAGGUAUGGACUCUCUUCAGAUUACACCAAUUAGUCAAGCUAAUGCAUCUCAAAGAAGUGGUAGAGCUGGAAGAGUAUCUUCUGGAAUAUGUUAUAGAAUGUAUACAGAACAAACUUUUUUAGUAGAUAUGCUUCCAAAUAGUAUUCCAGAGAUCCAAAGGACAAAUUUAUCAAAUGUUGUGUUAUUGCUAAAGUCUUUGGGGUCAGAAGAUGUUUUUUCUUUUCCAUUUAUAGAUCCUCCCUCAUCUUCUUCAAUUUCAACCUCUUUAUACCAACUUUGGUCUCUAGGAGCUUUGGAUGAUAAAGGUUCCUUAACUGAUCUUGGAAGGCAAAUGGCCAGAUUCCCUUUAGAUCCUCCAUUAUCGAAAGUUUUACUAACAGCUAACAAACUGGAUUGUUUGAUAGAAGUAAUUGUAGUUGUUGCUAUGCUAACAGUUCCUAGCGUGUUCUACAGACCUAAAGACAGGGUAGAAGAGGCAGAUGCAUCUAGAGAAAAAUUCUCGGUACCUGAAAGCGAUCAUCUAACUUUACUGAAUAUAUUUAUUCAAUGGAAAAGGCAUGGAUCACAUGUAAAGUGGUCAGAGAAACAUUUUCUGCAUCAAAAAGCAUUAUUACGUGUUGAGGAAGUAUUCAAACAAAUUCUUGAGAUUUACUCAAACAUAAUUAACAUAGAGACAAUUCCAAAGGUUGACUGGAAACCAAAUCCUAUGUGUUGGGAUAAUCUUAGAAAAGCAUUUUGUAGUGGGUAUUUUCACAAUUCUGCAAAGAUACGAGCUAUUGGACAGUAUGUAAAUUUAUCAACAUCUGUUCCUGCAUAUAUUCAUCCUUCUAGUUCACUUUUUCUUUCUGGAGUGAACCCAGACUACUUAGUUUAUCAUGAAGUAAUUAUUACUUCUAAAGAAUAUAUGAAUACAGUCUCUGCCAUAGAACCUGAGUGGCUUAAUUUCUAUGCACCUCACAUUUUUAAACUUAACAUUUACGAUUCAAAUAAAGAUUUAAUUUCUUUGGACAACUCUUCACAAAUUAGUUGCAAAAAACCUAACUCAGACGAGAUAGAGAACGUUAACACUAUUACUUAUACUGAAACUGGGACUAUGGAAGAGGCUCAAAACUCCACAAAUCUUCCGAAUCCACAACCAGAACUCUGUAAAAAAUCAUCAAGUAAGAUUAAAAGCAAAAAAAAUAAGCAUGCACUUUCCUUUAGCUUUGGAGAUUAG